CCCAAAGGGUGGAAAAAUCCAAGUUGCAACCUUACCAGCCCCUCUCCUACAGGCUGAAAGGAAGGGGGUGCUGAACCCCUGGAAGGAAAAAUACAACAUCAGCCUACAAAUUUUGGAGAGUCCGUCUAUUCUACUGGAACCAAAUCUCGACAUUCCAUCUGCUUCUUCAACUUCUCCAUCCCGGUAGCUUCUGGCAAGCAUGGACUGGCAACUUUGGGGACUGGCUCUCUAUCUCCACGUGGCUUUCUCAGCUUCUUGGGACUGUGUCUCUCGGUGUUCCCUGUGUGUCCUUCACAGCCAGGAUGCAGAGAAGCCCAUCGACCCGCUACGCUGCGCUUUGGGGUGCCAAGGUAGCUUGGGAUCCAGUGUUGAAUGGCGUAAAUGUGAGCGACUUUUCUCGGUCUUAACUUCGUUUCCGAUGGAGGAGGAUGACACUGGCAGAUCCCAGAGUGUCCUCACCAAGGGAGAUGUCAGCCACUCCUACGGGGGCUUCUUCCAGAGGACCGGGGAGAGGAUAGGCCCAGAGCCAGAGGCAGAUGAAGACAAUCUAGAGAUGCUGGAUAUUAGAGAUGUGGUCUCUCGCCGAGAGGGAGAACCAGAUCUGAGCUCUCUCAAGGCGGAGAGGAAACGCUACGGAGGCUUCCUCCGCAAAUUCCCCAAGCGAGGCUCCGGGGUGGUGGGUACUGAGGAGCAGGAGGAAGAGGAGGAGGAGGAGGAGGAGGAGGAGGAAGAGGAUGGGAGUGACCUGGAGGAGCUACAAAAACGUUACGGGGGCUUCAUGCGCAGGAUCCGUCCCAAACUCAAGUGGGACAAGCAGAAACGCUACGGCGGGUUCCUGCGCCGCCAGUUCAAGGUGACCACAAGAUCAGCAGGAGGGCCCAAGGCCACCUCCGAGGAGCUGGCUGACCUAUAAGAGGCCCAGAUGAUGGCAGCCCAGUCUUCC